UGUUGUUGAACAGAAUUGAUAGAUCUAUAGACGUCAGAAGCACGUCUUAUUGUAAAUUUUGAUUUUUUUGGAGUAAAGUAUGUAUUUAUUACUCAGUGAGGGUAAAAUGUCCAAUAAUGAUCUCAUCAAUAACAUAAAAAUAUAAAAACUUUGUUUUUACAAAUAAUUUUCAAUUGAAAACUAUGAAUUAGUUUUCAAAGAUAACACUGAAUUAGAAACAAUAUAUAUCAUAAUUUUCUCUAAAAACAAACAUCAAUGUUUCUAUUACAAUAAAAACUGCAAAAAAUAAGGAUUGAGAAAUGGAAGAGUAUUCACGAGCAAUAUUGAGAGUUGCUGUAGCUCAAAUAUGUCAAACAAUUGGUUGGCAUUCAGUUAACUUAACUCCUUUAGAAUUUAUGAUUGAUUUACUACAAGAAUAUAUUCAGCAUGUUUCUCAUUUUUCACAUCAGUUUUCAGAAACGCUGGGCCGUACAGAGGUUAAUCUUGAUGAUGUUGGAUUUUCUUUUCAAGUGAUGAAUAUUAAUUUAUCAGAAUUGUUAGAAUAUGUUAGAAAUGUUGAGUCUGUUCCAUGUGCGUUGAAAAUACCAAAACUCCCGAUUUUUCGAGAGAAUCAUUUAAAUUUUUUGAAACCUGGUAGUAAUGAAGUUGUGACUAGAGCAGUUCAUAUACCGGAGCAUUUACCCCCUAUGCUCUUUAAAAAUGGAGGUGUACUUGCAAUAGAAAAUAAUCGUUUGAGUCAAAGCGAAUAUUUGGAUCAGUCGCAACUAGAAGAAUCUGAUGAAAAUCCAAUUAAUUCUGUACUUGCUCAGUUACCUACAGAACUGGUUUUUAAGCGGCCACAUGAUCCUUCAAGUGACAGUUAUAAUAUAAAUAAACGGAUUAAAAUGAUUGAUGAUAGUAGACCUUUACGUGAAAUUCAUAGUGUUAUGAUGACUACUUCUGGAUUUCUAUCACCUGCUCGUGAAGGAAAACUUCCAGAAUCACGUACUCCAGUACAAGCUCGCAACACUUCACCACCUGCAGAUUCAGAUGUGAUCAUUUGUGAUUCUAAAAGUGAUAAAAAAAUUAGAAAGAAUGUGAAAAAAAAUAUAGAUGACAAAAAAUUCGACAAAGAAAAUAAAAAGAAAAACCGUGAAAAAGAGUUGAUUAAAUUCGAAAAUGUGUUUGAUAAAAAAGUAAAUAAAAAAUUGGGAGGAUCAAAGGAAUUAAUAAAAUCUGAAACUUUGAAACCUGUUACAUCAGUUACACUUGAUCCUUUCAUGUCUACUAGUUUAUCAACUGCACAAACAUUUAGCAGUAAAGAAGAUCCUGCUACAAAAUUAGUGAAAAACUUAUCUCCUAAAAGAAAAAAUUUACACGUUUUAUCGGAUACAUCUCGAGAAAUAGACAAUAAUGUUGGAAAAUUACCUGUUGAACCAGAUAAGCAGAAAAUAAAUAUCUUAAAAAAAAUUUCAAAACCUAGAGAAGAAAAAUUAAUUGAUCAUCCAGAAAGUAAUAAAAUGAAAAACUCACAUGAAAUUUCUUCAGACUUAUCAAAUAUUGAUGUUGAUAAAAAUAUUCAAGAAAAGCGAUAUGAAGAAGAAAAUGCUAAUACUCCACAAACACCUGAUGUUAAUGUUUUUGGAGAUAUUGAAUUAGUCGAAUUUCAAAGUCCUUCGUCAGAUGUGUAUUUGUUCGACGAUAUAUCUUCACCAGGUACCCCGAGUACACCUAAAACGCCUGAAAUGAGUGUACCGGGAAUUACAGAACAGAAAAAGAAAAGGAAAGAUAGAAAUAAUAAAAAAAAGGAAAAUAUUAAACAUCUUAAUUCUCGUGAAAUUCACAAGAACAAAACAAAUGAUGCUGUCAGUUCAGAAAUGUUGGAACGACCUAAGACACCAGAAGCUGUAGAAAAUAUACUGCAAAAAGAUUCAAGCGCUCCAACAGUAUUACCUUUUCCAUUUUUUUCACCUUUUCCUCCAACGCCUGGUCUUAUUCCACCUCCUAUCAAUCAUCCUAUGUUUCAACGAUUUCCACUUCCGUCAAGUCGAAAUCAUUCUACUUUAUCAUUAAUGAAUCAAAAUCCAUCUCCUUUAUCACCAUUUUUGCCUUCAAAUGAAAGAGCUGAUAAUUUUUCUGGACCAAAAUUAAAAUCUUCUAAUUGUGAACCAUCUAUUUCAACUCAAAACAAGCAAUCAAUUGAUUCUUUUGAAGAAUCAAUCAAAAUGAAUACAGAAAAAAUUAACACAAUGGAUACAAAUGAUUCAUUCUUGCCAAAGAAUAUAGAAUCGCUAGUUGAUCAUAACAAUUUAUUCUUAUCGAAUACAUCAUCGUCAUCUGUAACAUCUGAUAAAAUGAAACUUGACAAAAUUGAAAAGAAAUCGAAGAAACAUAAAAUAGAGAAAAAAGAUAAAUUUAAGAAGAAGAAAGAUAAAAAAGAAAAGCAUAAAGACAAAACUGAAAAAACGAAAGAGAAGAGAGAAAAGUUGGAAAGAAUCAAAGAGAAAAAAGAACGGAAAGACAAAAAGAAAGAAAAAGAUAAGCAGAAUAAAAUGAUUGAAAUUUUACCGAGGAUAACAUUCAAACUCGGAAGUUCUUCAAAAUCGUCUCCACCUGAAAAUCCACCCAUGAAAAAAAUUACAAUAAAACCUCUUCCCAAAAAACUGGAAGAAAUGACUAGAAGAGAAUCCAGUCCAGAGUUAGCCAAAAUAUCUGCCUUAAUUACCAGACCGCCGAAACAAAAAAAUUAUAAAAUCAAAACUGAACAAACGACAAAAAAGAGUGAUGGAAAAGAAGAACGAGAUGUUGCGGACAGAAAUCCAUAUAAUGUAGUUUCGACUGUUGUGGAUCAAAGUGGUCAUCAGGUGUGGAUUUGUCCUGCAUGUGGAAAUCAAGAUGAUGGAUCUCCUAUGAUUGGAUGCGAUGAUUGUGAUGCCUGGUAUCAUUGGGUAUGCGUUGGCAUGCAAGUUCCACCCGCUACUAAUGAAGAUUGGUAUUGCCGUUUAUGCAUUGCAAAAAAGCAAGAACUCCACCACGAUCGAAAAAAACGAAAGCGUCGUAAAAAAGUAAAGGUUACUGAUUGAUUGAAGAAAAAUAAAAGAGUUUAAAAAAAAUUAUUUUUACUGAAGAUGUUUUUUUGUAAUGUCGAAAUAAAUGGUGUAAUCUUA